AGUCAUCAAACUUUGUCUCUUCCUCCAAACUAAAGUAAGCCCUCAACUUUAUAAUCAUGUCCCCCACACUAAAAAUAGUCCAAGAAAGAAAGAGAGAGAGAUAAGGUGAAGAAGAAGAAGAAGAAGAAGAAGAAGAAGAAGAAGAAAAUGUCUGAUUGGGGGCCAGUUUUUGUAGCAGUGGUGCUGUUCAUACUGCUAACACCAGGGCUGUUGAUUCAGAUCCCAGGAAGAAGCAAAUUUGUAGAGUUUGGCAACUUUCAAACCAGUGGAGUUUCCAUUCUGGUUCAUUCUGUUAUCUAUUUUACUCUCAUUUGUAUCUUCUUGUUAGCUAUUGGUGUUCACAUCUGCAACUAUAUACAGAAGAAAAUGGCGGACUGGGGUCCAGUACUGAUCGGAGUCGUUCUGUUCGUGCUGCUUCAACCGGGGCUGCUAUUCCAGUUGCCGGGCCACAGUCGACCCAUGGAGUUCGGCAGCAUGAAGACCAACGGCAAAGCCAUAGCUGUUCACACGCUCAUCUUCUUUGCCGUCUAUGCCAUUCUCAUCUUGGCCGUCCACGUACACAUCUACACUGGUUAAUUGAUCUCAAUCUAAGUCUCAUCCUCUUCUGGGUUUGUCUGUGUUAUCUGUUCUCAAAUCUCUCUAUGUUGCAAGUUGUAACGAGUUCUUUCUUUUCUUUUUUGUUUUUGGGUCAGUAUGUUAUGUGAUAUUUUAAUCAAAUCCCAUAUAGAUAAAAGCUUUACUCUUU